UUAUUUUUAAAAAUCGAUUCAGAAUUUUAAUGAAUCUAUAUCACAUUAUCCAAGCCAGAAUCGAUUUUAAUCAAUAAAUCGAUGAUCAAAACCCACCCCUACACCUCACACCAUAUCGACCAGGAGUGGAGACUCGUGUCUCAUGUCUUACAGACAAGAACCACUGAAGCAAGCCACACAGCAGUUAAUUUAUCUGAAAUUAGGUUCAAAGCAAUCGAAGAAUUGGAGCUUACAAACAAAACUCCAGUCAUCGUAACUGACAAUGCUACAAAUAUGGUGCGAGCUGGAAAUAACGGGCUGGUUGCACAUUGGUUGUUUUGCCCACACACUCAAUUUAGCUUCACAAGCAGGACUAAAAGUUCCAGCUGUUGCUCAGCUGCUUGGCCGAGUGAGACGCAUAGCAUCCUUUUUUCAUCGCAGCACUGUUGCAAGUCGCAAGCUUAAAGAGAAGCAAAAGAUACUGAAUCUACCUGCCCAUAAGCUGGUGACUGAUGGGGUGACCAGAUGGAACAGCACAUUGGAGAUGCUGGAAUGCUUCCUAGAGCAACAACCAGCAAUCUCUGCAGCUCUACUCUCACCUGAAGUGAGGAGAAGUGACAGUAAUCUCUGUACUCUUACAGAGGCUGACAUAACUGAUGGAGAAGAUAUAGUGAAAGCUUUGAAGCUGCUGAAAGCAGCCACACUGGUUAUGUCUGAAGAAAAGUCCCCAACCCUUUCCAUCAUUGCACUUCUGCAUGCACAACUGCUGGAGAAGAUGAUCAGUGUCUCUCACGACUCUUCACUGAUUAAAGACCUCAAGACUGCUGUACAUGACAACUUGAAGUCAAGAUAUGGGGCCCUAAAGGACAAGCUGUACAUUGCAUCAGCAUUAGAUCCUCGCUUUAAGGCCCUGCCAUUCUUGUCCAAAGAGGCCUGUAACAACACAUUCUCUCAGUUGGUGUUGGAAGCAGCAGGUUUGGAGAACGUGGACACAGCUAUUCGAGAGUCUGAUGGUGACACAUCUGAGGAAACUGUCCCUGACAUCUCUCUUGGUGGUGUUGAUGAAGUGGAUUAUGCCCCUCCAAUUAAGAGGUCAAAGGACUCUGCAUUAAUAUGUGUGAGACACUAACAGCAAAAGUAUUUCUCUGAGGUUUUACUGAUGUUUACAAAAGAUACGUUCUAUUUGCACUGGAUCCCUGAUCCACUUGAAAUGUUAAGUUGCUUUUAAAUGUAUGUAUGAAAAUAAAUAUAUACUAAUGUUAAUUAAAAAGUACAUUAUUGUAACUGCUUUAGUAUCUGUUCUUAAUUUUGAAAUUUAUAUAUUUCAUUCACAAGGCUUAGAGGGUUCU